AUGGUCAACGUGAGCCAAGAAUCAGGCGCCUUCUUCCAAACAGAUGCUGAGCUUGCAAAGCAAAAAGAAAAAGAAGCCAAAUACAACUACACAGAAGGUGAUGCUAUCAAGUUGGCGUCAAAAGCGCUUGAUAUGUGUAUCGACAGCGAUCAAAAGUACAUGUACGUAGCUGAAUCAGGCUUCCAAGUGAGAAAGCUAUCCUUGGCUACUUCUAAAACUGUCAAGUUGUUCAAAGGACACAAGGGCCCAGUUACCAGUGUAGUUGUUACGAAAUUACAUUUGUGGACAGGCUCCUGGGAUAAAACAAUCAAGCAAUGGGAUCUGGUUAGUGGAGAAUGUGUUGCAACAUUGGAAGGCCAUACAGAUUUUGUAAAAUCGCUAGUCUUGGUGGGCGACUUCCUCUACUCAGGUUCCAGUGAUUGCUUCCUUCGUCGAUGGGACACUCGUACCUUGGAAUGCACAGCAGUCGAAAAGAAACACAAGCGUGCCAUUGAGAGUUUGGCAGCUGCUGAAAACAGCAAGUUCAUAUAUUCUGCUUCUUCCGAUGGUACAGUAUUGAAGUGGGAUCUCAGCACUUUUCAAGUCAUCAGCACGCUUGAGGGUCAUGAAACCAGUAUCUAUUGUGCGCGUGUGUGGGACGAGGAUGUUUGGACAGCUUCAGCAGAUAAAACUGUCAGACGAUUCAAUCAGCAAGGCGUGGAAGAUAUGGUAUUGACCCAUCCCGACCGAGUCAAAUCCAUUGUGCUUGCAGGUCCUUACAUUGUCACCGGCUCUAGUGAUGAUGACAUUCGUGUGUGGGAUAUCGGGUCGGGAAAGUUGCUUUGCACCAUUGAAGGUCAUUUUGAUGAAGUGAGCUGUUUGGACAUCAUUGGCACUACAUUAUACAGUGGAUCCUUGGAUUGCUCCAUCAGAAAGUGGCCGCUUACAACAGCAUCUAUCAAGCAAUACAACGAAACUAGAGAGGCUAAAUUAAAGAGACUAGCAGCAGAGGAGGAGGAGAAAAAGAAAAAGGAGACGGGCAUGACAGAAGAAGAAGAAAGAGAAUUGGCUGAACUGAUGUUGUCUGACGACGAUGAUGAAUAA